CAAACAUCUCAAUCCUCUUAUCCUAUCUCUCCCAGUCUCCCUCCCCUUUCUUUCUGCUUCAAUUUCAAUGGCGUCUUCAACACUCUCCACAGUCACCCUACCCUCCUUCUCACACACUCCACGCGCCACCACCACUCACGCCUCUCUCCCCUCACAUUUUUCUCCCAAACAAUUCCCCUUCCACACCCCCAAACUCAACCACCGAUCCACAUUCCUCCGCCCACUCGCCGCCGUAGCCGCUGAGGAGAAAGUUGUUGAGCUAGGUGAUGAAAUCUCGAACCUAACCCUAGCUCAAGCACAAUCACUGGUUGAGUACCUGCAAGACAAGCUCGGAGUCACCGCCGCAUCCUUCGCUCCGGCUGCUGUAGUCGCCGCACCUGGUGGCGGUGGAGCGGAAGCGGCGGAGGCUGUGGAGGAGAAGACGGAGUUCGACGUUGUAAUUGAUGAUGUUCCUAGUAAUGCCAGAAUUGCGACGAUUAAAGCGGUUAGAGGUUUGACAAGCCUUGCAUUAAAGGAGGCUAAAGAGCUUAUUGAAGGUCUUCCUAAGAAGUUUAAGGAAGGAGUGUCCAGAUAUGAAGCUGAAGAUGCGAAGAAACAGCUUGAAGAAGCUGGUGCUAAGGUUUCUAUUGUUUAGAUCAUGGAUUUGUUUGUGGUAAUCUUUUCUUUUUUUCAUACUUUGUUAAUGCUGCAAUGUGUUGUUAGUUGUUCAUUUUUGUAGUUAAAGUCUAUUCGAUUACGAAAAUAACCAAACCAGAUCGACCAAAAAA